AUGGAUCACACACGUGACCCCUGCCCAUGGGUAAUUCUCAAUGACUUUGGUGGUGCUUUUUGUAUGGGGGCCAUAGGCGGUACAAUCUGGCAUGGUGUAAAAGGUUUCCGAAAUUCGCCAUACGGCGAACGGAGAAUCGGCGCGCUGACCGCCAUCAAGAUGCGAGCACCGGUUCUAGGCGGUAACUUUGGUGUUUGGGGUGGUCUUUUCAGCACUUUCGACUGUGCGGUCAAGGGUAUCCGGAAGAAGGAGGAUCCUUACAACGCUAUCAUUGCUGGAUUUUUCACCGGUGGCUCAUUAGCCAUUCGAGGAGGUUACAAGGCGGCGAGGAACAACGCUAUCGGCUGUGCCGUCCUCCUGGGUGUUAUCGAGGGUGUCGGUAUCGGAUUCCAAAAGAUGAUGGCGGGAAGCACAAAACUCGAGGCUCUGCCCCCUCCCCCAGAAGCCCAGCCGAUUCCGGCAUAA